AUGUCUAGCUCUGAAGAAAAGAAUAUUGAAAGUGAAGAAGUUAAAGAAGAAGUUGAAGAGGUUGAAAAGAAAGAAAAGAAGGAAAAGAAAGACAAAAAAGAAAAGAAGGAGAAGAAAGAUAAAAAGGAGAAAAAAGAAAAGAAACAUAAGAAAGACAAAAAAGACAAAAAAGAAAAGAAAGAACAUAAGCACCAUCAUCACUCAAAAAAAGAAGAGGAACAUGAAGAAGAAGAAAAGAAAGAGGAAGAAAAGAAAGAUGAAUCUAAAAUGGAAGAAGAGCAGAGUGAAGAAGAAAAGAAAGAUGAAUCUAAAAUGGAAGAAGAAAAAGAAGAAAAUAAUGAAGAAGAAAAAGAAGAAGAAAAAGAAGAAAAUAAUGAAGAAGAAGAAAAGAAAGAUAAUGAAACAAAAGAAUUUAUUCCAGUAGAAGACGUUAAAUUAGUUAGUGUCUUUGUAAAGAAUAUCCCAUAUGGAUGGGCAACUAAUGAUAUGUACCAAUAUUUUGCCUCUAGUGGACCAGUUAAAACUCGUGUUAUUACUAAUAAAGAAACAGGCAAGUCAAGAGGAUUUGGUUAUCUUGAUUUUGUUGAUUUAGAAGCUGCUAAGAAAUUCGUUCAAGAACAUCAAGGUGAAGAGGUUGACGGUAGACCUCUCUUUUUGGACUUAGCUGAUGGAAAGAAGGGAGGCGAUAAAGAUAAUGAUGGAGGAAAAUUUGGUGCAUUUGGAUCAAGUAAUAAAAGAGGAAAACAACACACAUUCAAAGGUAAACAAGGAGGAGAUAACGUUUGUUUCAAUUGUGGUAAGCCAGGCCAUAUGAGUAGAGAAUGUCCAGAACCAAGAAAAGAUAAUAGAAAAGGAGGAUUUAAACGAUCUUUUAAUGAAAAUAAGACUGAAACAAAGAAUGAUCCUAAACAUAUUAGAUUUGAUUAA